CAAACAUAGCCCAGAAAUGUCAAGACGCAAUUAUAGCCAAUGAGAACAUUGCAAACAAGAUACAAGCGAUGAAAACUGAUGACUGAAUACAUCUUGAAGAUGAACAUCUAUGCUAAUGCAGAUCCUGUAAACCUUCAUAAUGUCAGGACACAACACACAGGAGGUGACUGUGUGAAGAUCAGAAGAUACAGAGCAGGUCUAGUGUGUUUGGUGCUGCUGUGUGUUCUUCUGCUGACUGGAGUAAUAUUUCUGUGUGUCCACAUCCAUACAAAGAACACAAACUACACAGAAGAAAAAGACCAGCUACUAACCAAGAUUACCCAGCUGACGAAAGAGAGAGAUGGAUUAUUAUCAAGUACAUGUGACCAGAUUAACCUUUUCAGUGAUGGAUGGAUUAACUAUCAUAACUGUAGUCUUUACUUCAUUUCCUCACUGAGGAAGAAUUGGACUGAAAGCAGAAGAUUCUGUACAGAGAGAGGAGCAGAUCUGAUCGUCAUAAACAACCUAGAGGAACAAGAUUUUGUGAAGAACAUAUCUGCUAACUAUGAUGUCUGGAUUGGUCUGACUGACAGUGAAGUGGAGGGCACAUGGAAAUGGGUUGAUGGCAGCACACUGAACCCUAGUUUCAGGUUUUGGAAUGAUAAAGAACCCGAUGGACAAAGAAAAGAGAACUGUGCUCGAUAUUAUUCACCAGGAUUGGCUGAUUAUUCAUGUAGUGAUCUUGGUCAAUGGAUCUGUGAAAAGGGCAGUUUAAAAUAAGUCAUAGGGUUACAUCUUUCCCCUAGCUGUUUUUAAAGGAACUGCUACUGCUAGAACAUAAUGAUUUUGUUGUUGUUGUUUUGCAUACUAAUGUUACAAUACCAAAAAAGUUCUGUUCUGCUCCUGUCUCAUGAGAAACACAGUACACUUAAAGGCAAGUAAAUAUAAGAUUCAGUUUCCUACACUCCAACUCUGUAAUACGAUCAGAAUAGGUACUGUUUGUAUGUGUGUGUGUGUGUGUGUGUGUGUUACAUCUAAACUUUACAAUCAAAAUAUGAAGUCAACAGUAAUUGAAAUUAACCACUGUAGCUGAGCCUCAAGAGGUACAAUAAAUCAAAGCAGUGAAAUCAAUCAGAAGAUAACCAAACAGAACCAAAUAUUAUUUUGUUUUACCAUAUUUUAUUAUAUAUCUGAGAAUAUUUCUGCUAUGAAAACAAAACUAUUACUGAGACAUAGGGUAUAAAUGGGGAAAGAGGACAAUUUGUUUACUUUGUUUGAGGACAGAGUAAUUUGAGGAAUGUUCCAAGUUUAUUUCCACAGACACAUCACACUAAGAGACAUCAUAGUGACAGAUAUUGACAGAAACCACUUAAUAGUUUCCCUUUUUUAUAAAGUAUUUUUAGUGAAGCAAGUCAAAUGCUUUUCUUAAAUGUGCCCUCUGUCAAAUAUACUGAAAUACAAAGUUUUGAAAUGUGUUACUAAUCAUUUACACCAACAUGAGAUGCAAACUUUUGUCUCAGGAAGCAGCAAUUUUUGUUCCUGGUUAGCUUCAAGCUCACAGGAUGAUCGCAGUUUGAAACUUUUUUUUUAGUCAACAUUUCAACUUUUAAGAUGACUAUAUAACAGAGUAGACUAUAUGCAGAUUAGUGUUAGCACGAGGCUAAAGACAACCCUUACGAAAAUUAACCAUGGUUUUACUACAGAUAAAACCAAAACUGUAGUUAAACCAUGGUAACCACAAAUUAACCAUGGUUUUGCUAUAUUAACCAUAGUUUAACCAUGGUAUUUGUAGUAAAUCUGUGGUUUUACAAAUGGCAGUCAAUACACCAAAAAACCAUGGGUUACUACAGUUUUACUAUAAUAAAACCAUGGUUAUUUUUCGUAAGGGAAAACCAAUUAAACUGACCUUGACUAUUACUACUUUACCCAUUUUUUAUUUCCUGGACCAUAAAAAAGACAAGACCUCAUCACUGUAUGCAUGAGGACCCAGAAGCAAUGUAAGAAUGGUAUGCCCUUUCUUUGUUUACAGCCUUUGCUAAUGCUAACAAAGGAAUUAGUGAGUUCCUGUUAACCUGCAUUUAAGCAUCUUUUAUUAGUUAACAAUGUUUCAGCGAAACAAACAAUUCUUACAUAUUUAUAUAUAAAACCUGAAUUAAAAUCUACAUUUAAACCAUGUGGGACCAAAGUUUUAAAUUUACAUACAGUACCCCAGAAUGCUUCCUGUUUAAAUAAAAUUUGAUCCAAGUCUCCUAUUCUCUCGAUUUCUGCUGUAUAUAAACACGAGGUAAUUGGAUGGCUAAACUUAUUUUUAUUUUUUAUUUUUUUUUUUCAUAAAUGCUAUGAUAUUGAAUUUGUAUUGGAUACUCUUGUGUAUGAAGUUUUGUUUUUGUUUACUGAUUUUCUUAAUGUUAUUAACAUUUGUGAUGUCAAUGUAAUUAUGUCUUUAUUUAUUUUUAUUUUUAAAUGUAUGUAAUUGUUUAUUUUUAUUUGUCUGGAUUGGUCUGACUGCCAGAGAUGUGGAGGGCAGAUGGAAAUGUGUUGAUGACAGCCCCACUGAGUGAAAAAUGACUGAAAUGAACUGAUUAUUAUCUAAUAAAUAAUUCUCACACAUUAUCAUAUCACACAGAAAGCAGCAUUGAACAUCUAAUGCUGAUCUGUAUAUUCCUAUCGUCUGGUUUUGCAGAGCCCAAUAGUAUCGAAGGCAAAUAAGAUUGUGCUCUUACUCAUUCAUUAGGAUGGGCUGAUUUUUCAUGUCAUAGUGUUUUUCAAUGGAUCUGUGAGAAGAACAGUUUCAAAUAAAUCAUUACAUAUACUUCAGGGUUCAGAGUCAUAUGCCCCUGCCCCCCACCCCCAAAAAUUAAAAAAAUAAAUUUAAAUGCUUGAUUAAGCAGCAAUAAAGGAAAACUGCUCAGCAGCAUAAAGUAAAAAAAUAAAAAAAUAAAAAAAUAAUAAUAUAUAUAUUCUGUCAUCAUUUAAUCACCCCUGACUUGGAACUGGAAGUUAGAUAUUCUCAUUUUUGGUUAAACUGUUGUUUAAGUCAAAAACAAAAUCUCCUGAAAAAAAUCUCCUGAAUUCCUUUAGCUGAGGUCUUUUUAAGAGGCAAGUGUUCAGACGACACAGUCAGGGACAGUUGGAGACAUAAUAAUUGAUAUUUCUGAAGGUCAUUAGAAUGAAGAACAUGAAAAAGAAGACACUUUUGUAUGUGACUUGGCCCUUAACCAGCCUACAGACGGCUAGUGUCUCAUAGCAACUGCAGGU